CUUAUCUAAAAAUGAUAAUUAAAAUGAAAAAGUUUUUGGCAAUUGCAUUACUUAUCCUCUGUAUCACAGCUAAAAAGCACCACAAACAGGCAACAGGAGAAGAUGUUGAAGCAAAUCCAAUGUUUUAAUGUUUUAAGGAUCACUGUAUGGAUUAGGCAUUUGAAUGCCUCUCUGAUGAAGCCUGUACUAAAAUAUUGGAGACUUGUGGUCAAAAAUAUGGAGGAAAACAUAUGUAAAGAGAUAAAGUAAUUAUUAUUAUAUCCUUAGCUUAUGGAAUGUACCGCAAAUAAUGAACUUUCCGCUGCAUAUUCUAAUUGCAUGAAUAACAAUUGUGCGUAAUUUGCACCAACUAUGAGAUUUUUCGACAAGAGAAAAUGAACAUUAAGAUGAUUUUUUAAAAACAC